AUGACCAUCAUCAUCAUCUCUCUGCUCCUGCUGGUUUCUCUGGUACCACACCUGACCUUCACAGCUCAUGUGAGUAUAGUGAAUGGCAACGAAGCUGAACCUCACUCCAGACCUUAUAUGGUUUCUAUUCAGAGGAACAGCCAGCAUAUCUGUGGUGGGUUUCUCAUUACUGAACAGUUUGUGUUGACUGCUGCACAUUGUUUGAAAAAAGAUGAAAAGCUGACAGUUGUGGUUGGUGCACAUAAUCUGAAAAAUAAAACAGAGGGUUCUGUCCACCUCAACGUGACGUCCUACCACAGACAUAAGCAUUAUAAAUAUACACCUCUCAAGAAUGACAUCAUGCUUUUGAAGCUAGAGAAAAAAGUCAACCUAAUCAAAACUGUUGCUUUGAUAUCAAUACCAAAGAAAAAAGAUAAAAAAGUGAUCAAUGCAAACACUGCCUGUAGUGUUGCUGGCUGGGGAACAAAGGAGACUAAUGGUCCAACCAGUGAUCUUCUACUGGAGGCAAAAGUGAAAAUAAUGGAAGACAAAAACUGCCAAAAACUAUGGAACAAAAAUGGUCUAAAUUCAGACUUACAAUACUCAGUCUCAAAGAUGAUGUGUACACAUGGUCAUGGUGGAUCCUGCAAUGGGGAUUCAGGAGGUCCUUUGGUUUGUGAAAACAUUGCUGUUGGUGUCACAUCCUUUGGGAAUCCUGAUGCCUGUAAUUCAGCUAUUCUUCCUAAUGUGUAUACUAGGAUUUCAGCAUACCUUGACUGGAUUGCGAAAAUAAUUCGAAAAAGAGUGGUGGUAACAGGAAGAGAAGUGAAGGAAGGCCUGACACACAAGGCUAUCCGAAUUGCUCAAAGACAUCAGAACCUUUGCUGCGUGUUCCAGCAUGGAUUCGGUAAUUGGAUUCACAGUGCUUUUUCCAAGGCGUCUGAAACCAUAGCUUUAAGACUACCACCUCCAAAAUCUGCGUGUCCCAGAUUCCCAGGAACUCUACGAUCAAGGAUAAAAACGUCAAUUUGUCCUCGACAUCAGAACAACCACCUCCAGAAAUCAGCAGUUCUGCUUGUUCCAGAGUCUACAGAUUUCUUCUUCUCAAAGCCCAAGAGAGCUAAAUCUGCUCGUUUCAUGCUUCAGGACCUGCAAGAAGAUCCAACUUCUUCCAACCACUGCAUCAACGGCAGAAACAUAAAUAUACCACUUUGCAACCCUUCAAGAGAGACCUUGGUAUAG